AUGAAAAAUAAAGUGAAGGGCCGCAUUUCCGACCUAAUCGGGGUUUCAGUUGCCUUACAAGCCCUCCAGAGGAAGAAGCGCUACGAGAAGCAGCUGCAGCAGGUGGACGGGGCCCUAACCACGCUGGAGGCGCAGAGGGACGUCUUGGAGAACGCCAACACGAACACUCUGGCGCUGGACUCGAUGCAGAGGGCGUCCAAAGCGCUCAAGGCCGUCCAUAAAGACAUAGACGUGGAUAAGGUUGACCAGAUUUUGGAGGAUUUGGCGGAGCAGAGGGAGGUUAGUGAUGAGAAAGCGGACGCGAUUGGUCAGCCGGUGGGGUUCAACGAUGGGGAUUUGGAUGAGGACGAGCUGGAGAGGGAGCUGGAGGAGCUAACCGAGGGGUUGGAGGAGUUUUCGGUCGAGGAGGAUUUGCCGUCUGUGCCUGUGAACGACGUCCGGAUUGGCGAGAAAAAAGGGAAGGAGAAGGAGAAGCGGAAGGUUUUGGCGGCGUCUUAGUACCAAGGACCACGGAUAUUUUUGGAUGUUUUUAGAUGAGAGGCUUUUAUUGUUUGUUAUAUUUUCAUACGGCUUUAUGCUUUAUACUCGUUGAGAAAGCUCCGUUGUGAUUGUACUGCGUACACUUUUAGAAUAUUUUUUAUAAGCAAUAAAUGAAGUGAAAUUGA